UGGUCGCUUUAACGGCGCAGCUGAACAGUGAGCGAGUCAUCCAGACCAUCAAAACUCAUCCGAAUUCCAGCCUGGGGUUGAUAAACCUCCAACCAGCGCCGCCACGUUUAUUUUUAGCAUGGGUGCCAGUGCCAUUGGCUGGCUGUGACGCCACUCAUCCUUGUCCCAACUUUACUGUCUAAACCUGCUUCAAAUACGGAGUCGGAGGCCGGCUGCCGAACCCGGGAUCACACUCAAUAUAUAAAGGAGCUAAAAUAAGGGCAGGAGCCGGCGCUGUGGACACCGCUGCCACCCUGGGUCGGGGUAACACCAGGCACCGCCCAAUUUAUUAUUUUUCUUCUAAUAUAUAUUUCCAACACUCCUUUAUUUUCGCGUGUGUGUGUGUGUGUGUGUGUGUUGGCCGAGGAGUGGAGAGAUGAUUAUCUAAGAGCGACUGCUCGCUGGACGCAAGAAGCUGCCGAGGUACAGAUUCUGGGAUCGGUUCUGAUUGAUGUCAUUCCCACCAGUAAGGCUGCGAGCAGGGAAGGAUGGGUGACUGGAGCUUGUUGGGCAACUUGCUGGAAAGUGCCCAGGAGCACUCCACGGUGGUGGGCAAAGUGUGGCUGACCUCCCUGUUCAUCUUCCGCAUCCUGGUGCUGGGCACGGCCACGGAGAAGGUGUGGGGAGACGAGCAGUCCUUCUUCACCUGCGACACCAAGCAGCCUGGCUGCCAGAAUGUGUGCUACGACCGCAUCUUCCCAAUCUCCCACAUCCGCUUCUGGGUGCUGCAGAUCGUCUUUGUGUCCACGCCCACCCUGAUCUACCUGGGCCACAUCUUCCACCUGGUGCGGAUGGAGGAGAAGCAGAGGCAGAGGGAGAGGGAGAGGCUGAACGUCUACCCUGCUGGGGAGAAGGAGGCUCUCAUGCAGAACGCACGCAACAUCAAGAGCCCAAGCUUAGACCAGCAGGGGAAAGUCCGAUUGAAAGGGGCCAUCCUACGCACUUAUUUGUUCAACAUCAUUUUCAAAACCCUCUUCGAAGUCGGCUUCAUCUGGGCCCAGUAUUACCUCUAUGGCUUUGAACUGAAGCCCCUUUACAAAUGCAACUACACGCCCUGCCCAAACACUGUGGACUGUUACAUCUCCCGCCCAACAGAGAAGACUGUGUUCAUUAUCUUCAUGCUGGCCAUGGCUUGCCUGUCUCUCCUUCUCAACGUGAUCGAGAUCUGCCACCUGGGACUCAAGAAGUGCAGGAGGAGCAGGAAGGAGAGGUUGGCUCAGGGCGGCGAGAGGAUGGCUGCCUGCGCCCCCAGCUACCAGUACUUUGCCAGCCACGGUGGCCCCCAGCUCUACGCCGUGCCCCCUCUGGCCGAGCCCGAGCCCGUGUGCCACCCCUACACCAGCAACCUGGCCAGCAAGCAGAACCGAGACAACUUCGCCCUGAUGGAUGACAAGCAGGAGGAUCUCAACCCCGCCCUGCCCACCACCAAACUCACUGAGCAGAGGCGUAACAGUGACAGGAGCAAGGCCAGCAGCCGCAGCAAGAGCGACGACCUGGCCAUCUAAUCCCCCCCCCUGAAUCAUUCCAGUCCCCCCCCCAACAACGCCCCAGAGAUUUAAAUCCCGACCGCCAGCAAGAAACCCAACUCAGCGCCACCACAAAACUCCCCCCACUUCAGACGCUGCCUGCAGUCGCCUUUCAUGUGUAUUUGUUGCUCGUUACACUUACUUCCGUGUUAGAAUACAGAUUGCAACAGAGCAGACUUGCACUUGCCCAUAGCCUGUUGCCCAACCCCCCACCCCUCCCCCACACAGCCCACCAACCCCCACACACCCCACCCCCUCCCCCACCCAGCCCCACACCC